AUGCAGCCGACCCUUCCACCUGAGCUGUGGGACGCCAUUCUGGACCUUCUGGUAGACAAUGACGACCUGCGCCGCUGUGGCCUCGUAUGUCGCGCAUGGCUGCCUGCAACCCGCCACCGACUGUAUGAAGCCCCUCUUUCUGUCUGUGACGACAAUGAUCUCGAGCGCUUCUUGGAAUACCUCCAGUCGCCGCACAACACGCUCAGAGUGCAUCUGAGCGGGCUAAACAUUACAUAUACUGUGCGGUACAGGAAAAAACUACAAGAAAUUUUGGCGGCACUACCGGGUCUCGCUGGCCUGACGGAGCUGCGAUUGAAUCUGCCAUACAACCAUUGCUCGUACACGGACUUCCCCCGCCUGCAGCAAGUCACGCGGCUUGGCCUCCACGCAAUGAGUUUCCCCCGCUUCCUGCACUUCACGCUGUUGCUCCAGAAGAUGCGGUCGAUCAAGCAUCUCGUGCUGGGCAGAAUCGAGUGGACUGGGGUCGCUAAAGAGACAGGCCAGUUCUGUCUGCUCCACGGGACGUGCAUUGCGCUCGAAUCACUCGAGUUUAACCUCGCCGGCGACGCCCAUGCCCCUGAGGACGAGCCAUUUCUCGAUUGGCUCGCUUGGGACAAGAGUGCGCCAAUCGUAAAGGAAGUCACAAUCCACCUUUGUGAAGAAGUUGCCCCCAAGCGUGCCGACCAGGUGGCGCAGUUCAUUGGCCAUAAUGCAGCAAUACUCGCCAGUCUACACAUCAAGUUUGCAUCCCACAAAGCAAGUCCCUGCCCGUGCUUCAAUCCGGACAAGCGAGAUCAUCACGACCUUGAUAUGCGCGAAUACCUAGCCAUGAUGGCCAGUCACUUUCAGCACACCCUCCCCACCCUCCUCGAAUGCCUCCCGCGCGGAAAUACUCUCACAAAGCUGAUCCUCCUCAUGCCCUACCUUUACCUCGAAGAGCGCGACAUUCCCGUGCUCCCUGACUACACGCGCCUCAAGGCGGUGCUCCACGGGCCCACCCUCGCCAGCCUCGUGAUAAUCCAGUUCUACGCCCUGUGCAAAGGACAUGCUAUCGACAAGGACGGCGCGUUGGCGCCGAAGCACCACCCCGUCCAGUCCAUUGUCUUGGAACAGCUCUCAUGGGGCGUGGUCAACCUGGUCCUUGGCAAGGAGGAGGAUGCCCGCCGAGCCUUCGAUGGCGCGGACUAUGCGUUCUUGGUGACAAACUUCUCUGAGCACAUGAGUAUGGAACGCGAACUCGCUGAAGGAAAACUGCUCAUCGAUGCUGCGAAGUCCGUCUCUACUAUGCGCGGUAUCAUUUGGUCCGGCCUCCUUUCCCCUGGCGCCGCAAGCAAUGGCAAAUACACCCGCAUGGUCCAUUUCGAAGGCAAAGCUGCGGUCUCAGCUUACGGCCUCUCCACGACAGAAACUCUUCCAGUCGGCUUUGCCAUCGUCCCAGCGGCCUUCUACAUGCAGCAAAUGGCCAAGACUUCCGGCCCCAUUCGCAUGAUCGAGCAAAAUCCUGACAAUCCAGACGAGCUCAUUAUUCGGUGGAAUGUGCGAAAGACGACGAAGCUUCCUUUUAUCGACGUUGAGAGAGACUACGGCCAAUUUGUCGUCAAACAGGUCAUCGAGGCAGACGUUUUCCCUAACGGUCGGGAAGUUAACACAGCAAGCGAGGCUCUGACUCCGGAAGAAAUUGCUGACGCAGUUGCUGAAGUCACUGGAAAGAAGGUCACGUACAAGCAGAUCUCGACGGAAGACGUCGAGCAACGGCUCAAUGAUGCAGGAGUGCCACAACACUUUGCAAGCAGCUUGGCUGAGAGCUUGGCGUUUGCCGACGAGUUUGGGUUUUAUGCUGGAGGAUCUCCUGUAGACAGCGAAGGUCUUCGCCUUCAUACUUUCAAGGAGUUUGCGCAAGAUGUGGGGUUGCGCGCGUUGCUUGCCUAA